AUGGCCGAAGUCCAGAGAAUCGCAGAUCGGAUAGUCUCUCCCGAUACGCCUCGAGACCCCAACUUCACUAAAUUUGCCUUCUCAGGCUUCGUUGCCAAAUCCUUUAGCUUCGCCCUUGCUUCCGAUGUGCCGGUCUGUAAGGCCUAUCGCGAAGGCCACUGCCCACUCGGCCCGCUCUGCUCAGAACGACACCCGACACCAUCCCGCAUAUCGACCUCCUCUUCCCCCGCCAUAGCUCCUUCAUCCACCCAUGGAAGCCUAGUAUGCAAGCAUUACCUCAAGGGGCUGUGCAAGAAAGGAUUAAAAUGCGAAUAUCUGCAUGAAUACAACCUACGUCGGAUGCCGGAAUGUCAGUCCUUCUCCCGUAAUGGAUUCUGUCCAAAUGGCGAUGACUGUCUAUAUCAGCAUCUUUCCGGGGACGCGAAGUUGCCGCAGUGCGAACAUUAUGAUAAGGGGUUCUGCCCGUUAGGCCCCAUCUGCGCCAAACGACAUGUAAGGAGGAAGAUGUGUCGGUUUUACCUUGCUGGGUUCUGUCCUGCUGGGAAAUCAUGUACCGAGGGUUCUCAUCCGCGCUGGACAGAGAACUUGCCUAAACCGACAGUUAGGGUGGAAAAGACGCAGGAGGAGAUUGAGAGUGAGAAAGCAAGGAUCAGGGAGGAGCAGGAGCGGGAAGAAGAGAGGGAGAGGGAGUGGAGGAGGGAAAACCGUGGCCGGGAUGGCAGAUUUCCUAGGGGACGGUAUCGUGGGAAGAGAUGA